AUGGCGCCCAGAAAAAAAGUCUCAACGACUGAUCCGCUUGUCUCACACAGACGGCACUUUGGUCGGACAGUGUUUGCGCUUCUGAGAUUGGAACAAAUGGAAGAUACACCGCUGGAAAACUUCCCUGCUGAAGAGCGGCGGGAACAUCAUGUCUUUGAGCAGCUUUUGGAAUCUUAUCCAGGUCUUCUGGAACGAUUAAAAAAACGGAUCGGCAAGGGAGCUGCUGGUGCCAGAGGUGAUGACACGAAAACAUUGAAGUCUGCGGUCCUUGAUUGGAUCACUCCGAAAGGAGAAGCUAUCCAGCCUCCUCUACAUAGGAACUCGAAGGUCGAUCGUGGAUUUAAUCACGAACUUACAGGGACCAAAAUGAACCUACGAAGUGGCGAACUAUGGUUUCUCUGCUGUAUGGUACUCCACCAGGCUUACAAACACGUGUUCACGUCUCCAAGUUCGGUCGAGAAGGAGCCGAAAGCUACGCGAUCCGGAAACGCCUGCCUCCAUGGCAUGACCUCUGUCACUAUCGCCUCCAUUGCUUAUAUCGCAACACAAGUCCGGUUUGCUCUGAGCUCCUCCUCGGUGUUCUCAAGGACCGAUAUGACUACAGAUUCAGAGACCUUUUACCACAGUCUUCUUGACCUCCUUAAAGAUCCUGAAGAGUCCAAGGAAGUUCACGAGCUAUUGACAUGGUGGAAUCGCCAAAUAUUUCCCACUUCUUCGGCUGCCAAGCGCCCUAUUAGUGCCAACAGUGCGUUGUCGAAGAUUCGACAAAGACACCUUGCUUUGAAACAAUCCUCAAUUUCGAACGUAGCCACUUCAUAG